AACUCAACAUAAACCCCUUUCUUCUUCUUACGACUUUACCAAAGUAAUUGGAAGCAGAGCACGUACACGAUUUCCUCCUCCCCAAGGUUGAUUCCUGCUGAAUAGGGUAACCUAAUUGAGUAAACAAUUUACACAACUCAGCAAAGAUGAGCGUGGUGGGAUUUGAUCUGGGGAACGAGAGUUGUGUUGUGGCAGUUGCYAGGCAAAGGGGAAUUGAYGUUGUUCUYAAYGAUGAGUCRAAGCGYGARACUCCUGCUCUYGUGUGUUUUGGUGAAAAACAGCGUUUUCUUGGAACAGCUGGUGCCGCAACCAGUAUGAUGAACCCGAAAAACACCAUCUCUCAAAUUAAGCGGUUGAUAGGCCGUCGUUUCUCUGAUCCUGAGUUGCAACAGGAUCUCAAAGUGUUGCCAUUUUCCGUGACUGAAGGACCUGAUGGUUUUCCACUGAUACAUGCACGAUAUCUAGGGGAAACAAAGUCAUUUACUCCGACCCAGCUUAUGGGAAUGGUUUUUUCAAAUAUGAAGACGAUUGCGGAGAAGAAUUUGAAUGCAUCAGUGGUGGACUGCUGCAUCGGGAUACCAAUUUAUUUUACUGAUCUUCAAAGAAGGGCUGUUAUGGAUGCAGCUAAUAUAGCGGGUUUGCAUCCCCUGCGAUUGAUGCAUGAAACGACCGCAACUGCUCUAGCUUAUGGGAUAUACAAGACCGAUUUGCCUGAGAAUGAGCAGCUGAAUGUAGCUUUUGUCGAUAUUGGGCAUGCUAGCAUGCAGGUUUGCAUAGCAGGUUUCAAGAAAGGCCAACUGAAGAUCUUGGCUCAUUCUUUUGACCGUUGCCUGGGAGGGAGAGAUUUUGAUGAGGUUUUAUUCCAGUACUUUGCUGAAAAAUUCAAGGUAGAGUACAAAAUUGAUGUGUACCAGAAUGCAAAGGCCUCUCUCAGGCUUCGUGCGGGUUGUGAAAAGCUGAAAAAGGUACUCAGUGCAAAUCCCGAGGCACCUUUGAACAUAGAGUGUUUGAUGGAUGAGAAGGAUGUUAGAGGUUUUAUAAAGAGAGAUGAGUUUGAACAAAUUAGUGCUCCUAUAUUGGAACGUGUAAAGAAACCUCUGGAGAAGGCCCUUUUAGAGGCUCAACUCACGGUGGAUAAUAUUUAUGCUGUAGAGGUUGUUGGUUCGGGAUCUAGGGUACCUGCCAUGAUCAAGAUUUUGACAGAAUUUUUCGGGAAGGAGCCACGGCGAACGAUGAAUGCAAGCGAGUGUGUUUCUAAAGGCUGUGCUUUGGAAUGUGCUAUUCUUAGCCCUACUUUUAAAGUUAGAGACUUCCAGGUCCAAGAGAGCUUCCCUUUUCCCAUCGCUUUGACAUGGAAAGGUGCUGCACAAGAUUCCCAAAAUGGAGGAAAUGUGGACAAUCAGCAGAACACAAUUGUUUUCCCAAAAGGAAACCCGUUUCCCAGUGUGAAAGCUCUGACUUUCUACAGGUCUGGCACAUUUACAGUAGAUGUGCAAUAUGCGGAUGUCAGUGAAUUGCAAGCACCACAAAAGAUCAGUACUUACACGAUUGGUCCCUUCCAAUCAUCAAAAGGUGACCGUGCCAAGGUCAAGGUGAAAGCUCGUUUGAAUCUGCAUGGAAUUGUCUCUGUCGAGUCUGCACAGCUUAUUGAAGAAGAGGAAGUUGAAGUUCCAGUUACAAAAGAACCAUCAAAGGAAACAAUAAUGAUGGAUAUGAAUAAACCUCCACCUGAUGUGCCCUCUACCAACGAGACUGAUGUAAAUAUGCAAGAUGCCCCCGGGGCUGAGAAUGGUGCUCCAGAAACAGGAGAUAACCCAGUUCAGAUGGAGACUGAUGUUAAGGUGGAAGCUCCAAAGAAGAAGGUCAAAAAAUCCAACAUACCUGUUUCAGAGUUGGUUCAUGGGGGAAUGCUACCUGCAGAUGUGCAGAAAGCUGUGGAAAAGGAGUUUGAAAUGGCCUUGCAGGACCGCGUCAUGGAAGAAACUAAGGACAAAAAGAAUGCUGUUGAAGCCUAUGUGUAUGACAUGAGGAACAAGCUUCAUGAUAAGCUGCAAGAAUUUGUUAUGGAUUCAGAGAGGGAAGGAUUUAUCGCCAAGCUUCAAGAAACUGAAGAUUGGUUAUAUGAAGAUGGGGAAGACGAAACUAAAGGCGUGUAUACUGCGAAACUUGAUGAGCUGAAGAAGCAAGGUGAUCCCAUUGAACAACGUUAUAAGGAGCACUCGGAAAGAGGAUCAUUUGUUGAUCAUUUGGGUGGUCUUAUUACUGCUUACAUUCAGGCUGCAGCAUCUGGUGAUCCGAAGUAUGAACACAUCGACUUGAGUGAGAAACAGAAGGUCUUGAGCGAGUGUUCAGAAGCUGAAAAUUGGUUAAAAGAGAAAAUGCAACUUCAGGAGUCGCUUCCCAAGCAUGCUGAUCCGGUUCUUUUGUCAUCUGAUAUAAGAAAGAAAGCAGAGGCACUUGACAGGGUCUGCAGGCCAAUAAUGUCGAAACCAAAGCCUGCCCCACCAAAGCCAGCAACUCCCGAGACACCAUCAUCACCUGCACCUGGUCAGGGAGGUGAGGAGCAGCAGCAGCAGCAGCAGCAGCCGUCAUCGGAGAAUUCAACGAACCCAAACCCAAAUGCAGAGAACAACGAUACGACUUCUGAUGCUAUGGAAACGGAGAAGCCUGAGGGUGGUGCAUGAUGUGUUUUAAUUUCGUUUUCCGUCUGGUGGGUGUGUUUGAUUUGUAUAAUGGUGAAUAUAGGUCAAUUUCGGUGGGGGGAAAAGGGGGUCACUGACCGACUGACUGGUACUCUGUGGUCCUCUGGUCUAUUUUGUUAGAUCCAUCUUGGUUAAAAAUUAUUUGUCUUUUAAGGUUUAGAGGUGUAGAGAUCCUUUCGACUUUUGAGGGUUUGUUAAAGAGGGUAUUCUGGGAUGCAUUUGAAACUGAAUGAAUUUUGGUGGAUGUUACCUUUCAUGC